UGAAUGACGCAUGCGCACAAUCGUAACUUCCGCUGUGUCUACGAGCGGCGGCCAUAUUAGUAGAGACACACUUCCGUUCUUCAAGGGUAUCUGGAGGCAUCAGGCUACACAACAUGUACCGGUUUGCUAAAGCUGCAGUUAAUAUCGCCGGUCAGGCUGCGAGGCAGGUGAGGCAUGGAUCCACCGCCCCCCAGAACUUCCACACCAAGUACGGCAACGGUGUGAUGGUCGGUGGAAUUGUCUUCUGCACGGCUGUGUGGUCAUAUGUGCUGACUCAGACUGGCAUCACCUGGAAUAUGUCACCAGUUGGGAAGGUCAUGCCCAAAGAGUGGAGAGAGGCAGAGGAGUGAAGGGCCGCCAUGACGGAUCUGCAUCCCACCCAAUAAACCUUCUGGUUGUACAGAUGAAUAAUGAAUAUCUGCGUCAUCAGACAGUGAAUGCCUGUGUUUAUUCCAACAUGUUAACUUUGUCCAAAUAAAUUAAGUGUGAUUCUA